AUGGUUCAUUAUAGGAAUCGAUACCUAAAUUACAUACGAAGAAAACCAUUAGCAUUAUUGGCUCCUAUCACUUUAUUGGUUGUGAUUUACUUUUAUUUCUUUUCUGCCCAUGGGUUUUCCUCAAGCAAGCAAAAAUAUAACUACACUCGAAAGAGUAGAGGAUGGUUUUACAAGAACAGGGACACCGUAAUAUUGAAAGAUUUGCCUAAGAAUCAUAUUAGUCAUUAUGAUUUGAACAAAUUGACAGCAUCCAAAGACGCAUUGAACAAAAGAGAGGAAGUUUUGAUCUUAACUCCUAUGUCGAAAUUCUUACCUGAAUAUUGGGAAAAUAUAAAUAAACUCACUUAUGAUCAUUCAUUAAUUUCGUUGGGAUUUAUUUUCCCGAGAACUACUGAAGGUGAUGACGCCUUAAAAGAACUUGAGAAUGCAUUGAAGAAAACGAAAAGAGAAAAACUUUUAAAUUUCAAAAAAAUCACUAUUUUAAGACAAGAUUCAAAUUCUUUAAAUAGCCAAUUAGAAAAAGAUAGACAUGCGUUUAAAGUUCAAAAGGAAAGAAGAUCAAUGAUGGCAUUGGCAAGAAACUCGUUGGUUUUCAGUACAAUUUUGCCGUCUACUUCAUGGAUUUUAUGGUUAGAUGCCGAUAUUGUUGAAACUCCAGCGACAUUGAUCCAAGAUUUGACAGGUCACAACAAGCCAGUUGUUUCUGCCAAUGUUCAUCAAAGAUAUAUCAACCCCGACACAAAACAACAAGACAUCCGACCAUACGAUUUCAAUAAUUGGGUCGAAAGUGAGGAAGGGUUGAAAUUAGCUGCUAGUUUACCCGAUGAUGAAAUCAUUGUAGAAGGUUAUUCAGAAAUGGUCACCCAUAGAGCAUUAAUGGCUCAUUUUUACGACCCUAAAGGUGAUCCAAGCACUGAAAUGACAUUAGACGGUGUUGGUGGAGGUGCGGUUAUGGUUAAAGCCGACGUACAUAGAGAUGGUGCCAUGUUCCCAUCGUUCCCAUUCUAUCAUUUGAUUGAAACAGAAGGGUUUGCUAAAAUGGCAAAAAGAUUAGGCUAUGAAGUGUAUGGUUUGCCAAAUUACUUAGUUUUCCAUUAUAACGAGUAA